AGAAAUCCAAAGAGGAUGGGUCCUCUAAUUAUUACCAUCGCAAUCUUCUCUGUAUUCCUAUCGUACAAGCUUUACCAACGGCUAAGGUUCAAGCUGCCGCCGGGUCCACGAGCGUGGCCGGUGGUUGGGAACCUUUACGACAUCAAACCGGUUAGGUUCCGGUGUUAUGCGGAAUGGGCGCAGGUCUAUGGUCCGAUCAUUUCCGUGUGGUUUGGGUCCACACUGAAUGUGAUCGUUUCCAACACGGAUCUGGCGAGGGAAGUUCUAAAAGAGCGUGAUCAACAGUUGGCUGAUCGGCACAGGACAAGAUCCGCGGCGAAGUUCAGCAGAGACGGACAGGAUCUUAUAUGGGCUGAUUAUGGGCCUCACUAUGUUAAGGUACGGAAAGUCUGCACGCUGGAGCUUUUCUCUCCCAAGCGGCUUGAAGCCUUGAGACCCAUCAGAGAAGAUGAGGUUACUGCCAUGGUUGAAUCCAUCUUCAUCGACUGCAACAAUCCUGAUGCAGGAAGCAAGAGUUUGCUAGUAAGGAAAUACUUGGGAGCAGUAGCAUUCAACAACAUAACCAGGCUAGCAUUUGGGAAACGUUUUGUGAACUCUGAGGGCAUAAUGGACGAGCAAGGCCACGAAUUCAAGGCCAUUGUGGCUAAUGGUCUUAAGCUGGGUGCAUCGCUUGCCAUGGCCGAGCACAUUCCUUGGCUUCGUUGGAUGUUUCCCUUGGAAGAGGAAGCAUUCGCCAAGCAUGGGGCACGGAGAGACCGUCUCACCCGAGCUAUCAUGGAGGAGCACACCCUUGCCCGCCAGAAGAGCGGCGGUGCCAAGCAGCAUUUUGUCGAUGCCUUGCUUACAUUGCAAGAAAAGUAUGACCUUAGCGAGGAUACAAUAAUUGGACUUCUUUGGGACAUGAUCACAGCAGGCAUGGACACAACAGCGAUCUCAGUGGAGUGGGCAAUGGCCGAGCUAAUUCGGAAUCCAAGAGUGCAGCAAAAAGCACAAGAGGAGCUAGACCAUGUAAUCGGAUCCGACAGGGUGAUGUCCGAAACUGAUUUCUCGAGUCUGCCUUACCUUCAAAGUGUAGCCAAGGAGGCACUAAGAUUGCAUCCCCCAACACCCCUAAUGCUACCCCACCGUGCGAAUGCAAAUGUCAAAAUCGGUGGCUAUGACAUCCCCAAAGGAUCAAACGUGCACGUCAACGUAUGGGCGGUAGCACGUGAUCCAGCCGUGUGGAAAGACCCUGAAGAGUUCCGGCCAGAACGAUUCCUCGAGGAAGACGUGGACAUGAAAGGCCAUGAUUUUCGACUGCUUCCAUUCGGUGCAGGGAGGAGGGUGUGCCCCGGUGCUCAACUUGGGAUCAAUCUGGUAACAUCGAUGCUGGGCCACUUGUUGCACCAUUUUUGCUGGACACCAGCGGAGGGGGUGAAGGUGGAGGAAAUCGACAUGGCUGAGAAUCCUGGAUUGGUUGCUUACAUGAAGACUCCAGUGCAGGCAAUGGCCACACCUAGGCUGCCUUCUCAUCUCUACAAACGCAUGGCUGUGGAUAUAUAAUAAAUUUUGGAUUUUUGUUAUCAUCUGCUCUGAAGAAGAGGACCAAAUAAACUUCAAUGUGUUUCUAA